AUGGAUGUAUACCAAAAUGCUCAAUUCCAACCAAUAACUCUUGGAUCUCUUUUGAUUGAAUUAGAUUUCAUAACCGUACAGGAUGAAUGUGUUUGUCAAUGCUAUACUUAUUCUUGUGUUACGGGUAUUUUCUUUGGAAAUAAUCAAACUUGCGUUCUCUACAGUGCAUAUCUUUGGGAAGGACAAUUGCAAUUGACAACUGACAAUCUAACCAGUGUUUUUACUUUUCCCGAUAGUAAUACAAAUAACAAUUCAAAUAAUCUACCACAAAUUAUUGAAUGGUUAUUUGAUGGAGAUUUUAACGAUGUUUAUAAUCGGUACAAUGGUAAUCCUGUUGCUAACAAUGCUAUUACAUGGAUAUCACCUGGAUAUGCUGGAUACGGUAGUGCUGUUUAUUUUCAAUCAACCAAUUAUUCUCUCGUCAAUCAUUAUCUAAACUUAACUGCCACUAGCUUCACAAUUUCUGCAUGGAUCUAUAUGCCAUUUAUUAACACAGCACCAACUUGGAGUUAUUUUUAUUUGCUUAGUCAUUGUCAGACUGUUGUUCAAGAUAAAUGUUUACAUGUAGCAGUGUCAAAGGGUAAACUACUAUUAGGUUUUUGUACAGAUGAUUUAGUUGGCAGUACAACAAUAAAUACAAAUCAAUGGUAUCAUGUGGCAUAUACAUAUAAUCGGUCGACAUCUGAGCAAAUGGUAUAUUUGAAUGGAUAUCUGGAUGGAAGUCGAGUAUCUACAGGUCCAUACAUAGGAAAUCCAAGUGUGAUGAUUAUUGGUCCUCUACCAUAUAUGUCAUGGGUGACAGAUAACAAUGGUUAUAUUGACAAAAUAAUAUUUGUUCCACGUAUCAAGAGUACUGACGCACUUCUUACCGAAGCCACUCUUGUUGCUUAUUAUCCAUUCGACAAUACAUAUCUUGAUGCGGGUCCUAAUCAGAUCAAUAAUCUUACUACUAUCAAUACAAUUUUCAACUCUAAUGGUCGAUUCAAUCAGGCAUUAGUGAUCAACUCAACAAAUUCAUCUUAUUUGCAAACAACAGGUUUUUAUUAUCUUGGAAAAUCAAACUAUACAUACUCAUUUUCAAUAUGGAUUUGUCCAUUCACAAAUAAUGGCACUAUCCUUCAGGUGAGUUCACCGAGUGGUUGGUGUGUACCAAUGAUUGGUUUUGAUACUAUGGGAUAUUUAACAAUUCAAACAUUAGGUGAAAGUGGCUUCUAUUCCACUUCCUUCAAUAACAAAACGUUACCAUUAAAUGUUUGGAGUCAUAUCAGUAUGACGUAUUCUAUUUCAAAUGGUAUUCGACUAUUCGUCAAUGGAUCAUUGGUGAAUAAGAAUAAUUUAGUAUUUGACUAUUUAGCAAGUGAUGAAAUGACUACAAUAACAAUAGGAACUUGUCUUCAGCCGAAUCAGUGCGGUAUUAAUGCAACAACGAUUGUUUUAUCUCAAUUUCAAGGCCAAAUUGAUGAGCUGAAAAUCUUUGCCCGAGAGCUGACAAACUAUGAAAUUCAUGCAUUGGCAUCUGAAUAA